UACCAGGGAUUGAACCAAGGGGUAAUGAAACACUGAGCCAUAUCCACAUCCAUUUUUAUAUUUUCUUUUGAUAUGUGAUCUCACCUAAGUUCCUUAGGGCCUCACUAAGUCACUGAGGCUGGCUUUGAAUUUAGCAGUCCUCCUGACCCAGUCUCUCAAACUGCUGGGAUUACAGUUGUGCCCCACUGUGCAUGACUGACAAGAACAUUUGUAAAAGAAAGUUAUGCCUGAAUACAUUAACCAAGUGCAUUGGUAGGAUCAUCAGAUGGGUGGCUACAGUGAAAAGGGGGAAAUGUCUUCUGUAGGUCCGUUAUUACAUUGUUAGCUUUGGGAGAUGGUGGUUAUAUGUUGGGUAAGGUUAGUAGUAUAUUCUUAGAAGUUCAUUUGUUUGGAGAAUUUUGGACUAAUACAGAAAUUAAGGUAAUUGGCUUUGAAAGAGCUUAAGAGAGCCCAAGAUAAUUUGUGCCAACCGUACAGAACCCUGUCUUAUACCCUCAUAGUGGUCUAGUUCCCCAAAGUCAAGUGGUCUGAAGGUUCAUUGAUACAGAGCAAGUUCAUAGAGAACUUCAGUUCACACCUGCGAAAAUCUUGUGCUUCUUGUUUAUCUUUUUUAGGUAUUGACACCAAAUCUGAUUUUCUCAGCCAGGUUUUCUUUGGACACCUCAGAGAGUCCUAUAUUCACAGCCACUAUCCUUUCCUCGGGCUGCCACCAUGUGCCUGCAGCUGUCCUGUGCCCUGCAUGGUACAAGGAAUUUUAGGCCCUGAGUCAGCUCUUCUUAGAGGACACCCUAAGGUGUGAGGUACAGCCUCUUGGGGAAUCAGAUGUGGGCUUGGGCCUAAGGAGUGUCCUGGAACAAGCUUCAUCUAGACAACUAACUUCUUAGGAUCUUGUUUUCCCCAAGCCCUGUUCCCAUUCCUUGGAGACAGGUGGCCAGUCAGCCUGUGGAUGCUGGUGCUGAGGGGCCAGGUCACCAGUGAUUCCUGACCCUUGCAUUCUCUCACAGUGUGAAAGAGCAAAAACUCACAGAGGAUAAAAUCCAAACACCCCAAUGCAGUGCUGUGCAAACCUGAAAAGCCUCAUAGUCUGGAGUCAUGGUCCAGGUCUCCCGGGAGAGUGACCAUGGAAUGUUUCAGUGGGCAUGACCAGAUGUGAGAAUGUCCCAGCUGGCAGGGAUCUUUCCUGACCCUUGAGCCUAAUAGGUUUGCUCCCUCAGCAUCAGCCAUUUCUGCGUUUGUCAGUUUGAAAUGAUCUGCUCACUUAUCUCAGGCCCAAGAUUAUUUAUUCAAAACCAAAUGAUGAAAUAUUAUGAAAGAGGGAAGAAAGAAGUAGAUUUAUGAAAAGUACAUACAUUUCUAUUUAUUAAGAAUCCAGAUUUAUGGCAAGUUGCAGUAGUGCACACCUGAACUUCUUGCUGCUUCAGAGGCUGAGGCAGGAGGAGGAUUUCAAGUUUGAGGACAGCUUUACCAACUUAUGGAGACUUUAUACAACUUGGUGAGACUUCAAAGACUGGGAUGUAUUUCAGUGGUAAACUGCCUCUGGGUUCAGUCACAGGUAUUAAAAAAAGUGCCUUGUCCUUGGGCCACCCCUUUGGGAGCUGGACUGUUAGCUUAUGAAAUUUGGGAGUUACAUAAAUACUCUGUCUACAGUCAUUGUGAUCUGUACAGGAUUUUGACUAAUCUUAGAUAUGGUCUGGUAUUUCCAUUUUCAGAAGUAGUUUCUCUUAACUUCACCAAAAAGCACAGCACAUCUGGCCCUGGAUUUCACAGCAUGCUCAGGGUUUUUUUUUCAGAGAUUGCAGAUCAUGGGGAAGUUCAGUCUCUUUAAUCUGCUUGGCAGAUCACAUCUCAGAAGCCAUGUGAAUUUAAACAGUAUAGGCAAUCCCUGAUUUCUCUCAAAAGUGUUCAGAAACAAGUGUUAACAAAAACUGGAGAUGGACCAUAUGAAAGUACAGUACGUGGGAAAGUCUUCAUUUCCAGUGACAUUCAAAGACAUGAAGAUACUCAUACUGGGUGGCAACGCUAUGAAUAUCAACAAUGUGGUGAAGCCUCAUCUUCUCCCACAGGUGUUCAAAGACACAUGAGAACACACAGUGGAGGUAAACCUUUUCAAUGUGAAGUAUGUGGAAAAACCUUUCAUUUCUCUUCUUUAUUUAGAAGACACGAAAGAACUUAUUCUGGAGAGAAACUCUGUGAAUGUAAACAAGGUGGUCAAUCCUUUAUUUCACACUCAAGUCUUCAAAGGCACAAGAUCCCACACAAGGGGAAUGCACAUUUCAAAUGUAAGGUAUGUGGAAAAGACUUUGCUUAUCCCAGUUUACUUAGAAUACAUCAGAGAACACAUACUGGAGAGAAGCCUUAUGAAUGUAAGCAGUGUGGGAAAUCCUUUGCUAGAUCCAGUAACUUUCACUCACAUGAAAAAACUCAUACUGGAGAAAAGCCCUAUAAAUGUAAGCAGUGUGGCAAAGCCUUUGCUAGAUCCAGUAACCUUCAGAUUCAUGGAAGAACACAUAGUGGAGAGAAGCCCUGUGAGUGUAAGCAGUGUGGAAAAGGCUUUACUCAGUCCUCUGACCUUCAGUCACAUGAAAAAAUUCAUACUGGAGAGAAGCCCUAUGAAUGUAAGCAGAGUGGCAAAGUCUUUGCUACAUCCAGUUACCUUCAGAUUCAUAGAAGAACACAUACUGGAGACAAGCCCUAUGAAUGUAAGCAGUGUGGCAAAGCUUUUGCAAAUUCCAAUAACCUUCAGAGACAUGGAAGAACACAUACUGGAGAGAAGCCCUAUGAAUGUAAGCAGUGUGGCAAAGCCUUUGCUAGAUUCAGUUACCUUCAGUCACAUGAAAAAACUCAUACUGGAGAGAAGCCCUAUGAAUGUAAGCAGUGUGGAAAAGCCUUUUCUACAUCCAGUUACCUUCAGAUUCAUGGAAGAACACAUAUUGGAGAGAAGCCCUAUGAGUGCCAGCAGUGUGGAAAAGCCUUCACUCAGUCCUCUGGCCUUUACUCACAUGAAAAACUUCAUACUGGAUAGAAGCCCUAUGAGUGUAAGCUUUGUGGCAAAGCCUUUGCUAGUUCCAGUGACCUUCAAAGAUAUGGAAGAACACAUACUGGAGAGAAGCUCUAUAAUUGGAAGCAAUGUGGAAAAGCCUUUGUUACAUCUGUUCAGCUUCAUUUACAUGAAGGAACACAUCAUGCAGAGAAAUUGUACUCAUGAAAACAAUUGGCAAAGUCUUCUGUUAAUAAAGUUUCACUUUUAACAUGUA